AUGCCUCACGCCGCUCCUUCGCGCGAGGUGCCGACAGCGAACUCAGACCUUUCCGCAGGCGCCGAUCUUCGAUUGGGUGAAUACGCAGACGAAGUCACACUGAAUUUGUCCGAAGCACGCAUCAUUCUCCUCAAGACCUUGUCCACACGUGCUUCGCGAGGGGGCGCAAUCGAAGAGACCGAAAACACAGCAAAGACGCGUGACUACCUCGAGAUCUUUGCUGUCUUCAAGGAUCUGGCAGAAGCGCAGCAAGUGGAAGGAAUCAUCGAUUCGUACGGCAAGAGGUUGGAACGCUUCGAGAAGAGCCAACUGGGAAGUCUUGUACCUACAAGCGCUGAAGAGGCCAAGGCAUUGAUUCCGAGUCUGGAGAAGAAAGUCGAGAAUGGUACCCUGUCUGAUGAUGAGUUGGAUGGCAUCUGCAGAGAAUUGCAAAGACUCAAGCGCCAGGCACAACUGUGA